CGAGAUAUCGGCUUUUAUUGACUGGAAGAAGGAACCAGGAGUGAGUGUCUAUCAUACAAGGUCUUGGAGACUGAGGCCGAGCUUCAGGCCGCAGGUCUCCUUUAUACAGGGGCCUGUGGGAGGAGCCACAGGAGCAGUCAGCAGGGGCGUGUCCCGACAGGCACAUAGUUCACCACAGGGGUCAAAUACGUAUUUUAUUAUACGCCAAGUCAUGGAUAAACUAAUGGCCUAGACUUCAAUGGCCAUCUUCUCUGGUUCCGGCCAAAAUGUUUUAACCGGAUAACGCAUCCAUAAUUAUCGUUAGCCUAAACUUCUGCCUCGCUAACUGCUGUUAACAGGCUGCCUCUCACUCUCCUUCAUUAUCAAGCAUUCCUUCACAGAAGAACGCCCUUAGCAAACCAAGAAUAUUCUUCCACCUCUUCCUCUUCAAAGUUCUUCAAUAGGAAGUCGCUUCUCCAAUUAUUGCUCUCCUCUCUUGGAACUAUUGUUUGAAUCUCAAUCUUCCGGCGUCAAUAAGAACGAUCUCUGAAAAGGACAAUUGCUCCUUUGUUCCUUCCCGGCUCAUGUCCUUUCGUUUAGCUGCUUCGCUGUUGUCCACUAGGACGGUUUCGUUUGAUCUACCAAAAGUUUACCCUACGUUUUACCAGGUUAACCGAAGCGUCACCUAAAAUACUAGUGCCUAUUUCCCUAAAUCUGCUAACGAUUUCCAGUUCAGCCUAAUCUGAAUUGCAAAACGGACGAACAGAAAUUUCUUCCAACAAUGAAUUGAGUGAAGCAGCCAACCCUAUCCCCUCACCCGCAAUGUCGACAAAGACCUCACAAUCUUUGUCAUUUCUGACCCUACAGUUCACUUUUUCAUCAGAAGGGUCUUGCUUUCAUCUGUAUUUCGUUGUACAACUUCACCCAAGCCGAAGCUCGUCUGCUGCCCAAAUUUUCAGCCGUUGCUCUCUUCGCCACAUUGGCUGGAUUUCCUGCGGCUGCUCGUCAUGAACUAGUUUAGCCAAAUGUUUAGUUCCGGAUCCCAAAACAUCACUCACUCCUAAAUCCUCCUCUUUCCAGCUCGACUCUAAGAAACUGCCAUUAUUGAUUGUAGACCCCGUCCAUCUCUGCACUUCGAACAUUUGCAUCGUCAAUUCUAGUCCGAUUGCACAAUUUUGUUGAGGAUGAUAGCAACGAAAUAGCUUCCUGUACGUGGUUGCUGCGCGAUUCGGUCAGCGAGGCGCUGUUCGCAGCGGAACUGUACUUGCGGAGGAGUUGAAAGCGGUCACAGUUCAGCCGUUCGCUUUGCGGUCAGUGUUGGUUUUGAAACUCGCUGAAAUGCCAACUUUGGAAGAAACUGAGAGCGGCAGCAGUUUAGUUCUAGGCUUGUAUGGGUUCAUCGCCGCGGCUUUCGCGGCGGCAGUGGUCAUCCAUUUCCUGAAAACUAACGCGCGUUUCAACUUAAACUGCUCUAUUUGUAUACAAAUGGGGCUGCUGUUUCUCGGUUCCCGUCUGUUUUACAGUCAUCUACCGCAGCUCGCUGGGGUCGUGCUUUUCGCUCUGUGUUCUUACCUGGUUUUCCGAUCCGUCUGUUCUAAUGCAAUUCUUUCUCCGCAUGGGAAGGCUGUUCUUAUAACAGGUUGUGACUCGGGCUUUGGCCACAGUCUGGCCAAGCGCCUCCAUCUCCUUGGCUUCCGUGUGUUUGCAAUGGUGCUUCAUGAAGAAGGAAAUGGAGCGCAGGUUCUCAGAUAUUCUGCUUCUGAUCGACUCUCAGUCAUUCAAAUGGAUGUUACAGACUGGGCCAUGGUCCAAGAAGUUAAGAAAAAAAUUGAAAAGCAGCUGGGAGACAAAGGACUCUAUGCUUUAGUUAAUAAUGCAGGAAUCACAACUUCUUUUUGUGAAGCGGAACUCAUUCCAACAGAUGAUUUUAAGCAAUGCAUGGAUGUCAAUUUCCUGGGAACAGUUGAAGUUACUAAAACAUUUUUACCUUUGAUUCGUCGAGCAAAAGGGAGGAUAAUUAAUCUUUCUAGUCCCUCAGGGGAAUUGCCAUUUGCAAGAAUGUCACCAUAUGGUACAUCCAAAGCAGCACUGGAACAUUUUUCAGAUAUUCUGCGCCAAGAAAUGAAACCUUGGGGAGUACAAAUAUCCAUCAUCCAACCCGGUGCUACUAAAACAGGGCAAGUUGGGAAUGUUGAAGUCUGGGAGCAACGUUAUGGAAAACUUUUGGAAAACCUCUGUCCAGCCCUCCUGCAAGAAUACGGAGAAGACUAUCUAGCAGAAUUAAAGCAAGCCUUUGUCAAAGUUGGGCCUUUAUUCCGACAGCAUGUAGAGCCAAUAAUUGAAACCAUUGUUACUGCUUUGUUAGUACAACAUCCUAAGCCUAGGUACACCACUGAAUAUAUAAUUGAUGCACUCAGAAUUAUUUACUAUUUCCUGCCUUCCUUUGUGAGUGAUGGUGUCCUUAGUAAGGUUUUUCUUCCACACAAACUUCUACCUAAAGGUAUAAGUUCAAGCAACAUCAGCCAGUAGUGCUCUAAUUUUGAAAACCUGGUUAUUGUUUGGUUUCAGGCUGCUCAUUAAUUUUCUGUUAUUUUAUGUCCAAUAUAGUGUAAGUGUUCAGGUUUAUUAUAAUCUCAGGCAUACAGAAGGUAUUAGUGCCCGCCAACUUCUUGAAAGUAAGAGUCGCUUUUAUAUUCAUGGUGACAAAUCUGGUAAAUUUCUAGCCAAUCAGCUGAGACGUUCCAAAGCCAAACAACAUAUUACAAAGAUCCGGAAGGAGAAUGGAGACUUUACAUCGGAUCACUUAGAAAUCAAUGACGCAUUUAAAAUGUUUUAUUCUCGACUUUAUUCCUCUGAAUCUCUGAAUGACAAUAUUUCUGUUGAUCAUUUUUUAAAUAAUCUGAAUAUUCCUUCGCUUUCAUUUGAUUUUAAAGCUAAUCUUAAUGCGCCUAUAUCAUCAGAAGAAAUACCUUUUGCAAUUUCUGCAUUGUCUUCAGGGAAAUCUCCUGGAUCUGAUGGGUUCCCUGUAGAGUUUUAUAAAUCAUUCUCUUCA